AUGUCCUUCCACCAAGACUUUUUUACUUUAAAUAAUGGGAAUAAAAUCCCUGCUGUAGCCGUUGUUGGUACUGGUACAAGAUGGUACAAACAAAAAGAAACACCUGAAAAUGUUAACAGCGAGUUGGUUUCACAAAUUGAAAAAGCUUUGACUUUACCAGGAAUUGUCCACAUUGAUGCUGCUGAGGUCUAUAGAACAUACCCUGAAGUGGGUAAAGCUUUAAGUCAAUCUAAGAAACCAAGAGAUGAAAUCUUUAUCACUGACAAAUAUUCUACUCAAUUGAAGGUCACAGAAAACCCAAUUGUUGGACUAGACACUAGUUUGGAGAGAUUAAACAUUGACUAUGUUGACCUAUAUUUGUUACAUAGUCCAUUUGUUAGUAUUGAGAAGAAUGGUUUUACAUUGGAAGAUGCCUGGAGACAAAUGGAAAAAUUGUACAAAGAUGGGAAAACUAAGAAUAUCGGUGUCUCUAAUUUCUCCGUGGAAGAUCUAGAGAAGAUCUUAACUAUCUGUGAGAUUAAACCUCAAAUCAAUCAAAUAGAAUUCAAUGCCUUCUUGCAGAAUCAAACUCCAGGAAUUGUUAAAUUCUGUCAAUCUCAUGAUAUUGUUCUGGAGGCUUAUUCUCCAUUAAGUCCAUUACAAAAGAGACCUGAAAACUCCGAAAACGAUCAAUUUUAUAAGUUUGUCGAAAGUUUAACCAUCAAAUACUCAAAGACUGAGGCUCAAAUUCUAUUGCGUUGGGUAACUAGACGUGGGGUUGUUGCAGUGACUACCUCAUCAAAAUUCUCUAGAGUUCAAGAUGCUCAAAACUUGUUUACUUUCGAUUUAACUGAUGAGGAAGUUGAAGAAAUUACUAAACUAGGUCUGAAACAUAAAGCUCAAAGACUAUAUUGGAAUGAAGAGUAUGACAAAUAUAAUGUCCAAUCCCAAAAUUAA